UUCCUCCCCCCACCUACGUACUGCUCGCCCUCGCGCGCGUUACGUAUGAGAGAUUCCGUUGCGUCCCGUGUCCGUGGGCAGCGGGUGCUGGACUAUAAACACUGUCGGGGUGCGCGUAGAUCCUCAGUCGCAGUCGCCUCGAGCACCAGAGCUGACCGUUAGAGCAGAUAGCAGCACGCGCUCAGGCUAACUCGCUCUCGGUUUGGAUUUUGGGAUGGAAUCUCGUGCGGCUGCGCGGAGCGCUCGCGUCUCCAACAGGCUUACCUUCAAGAGUGGUUUGUCUCUUUGGCUGGUGAUAUGGUUGUUGGCAUGUCGCUGUGCUCCAGGUCAGGCAUGUCCCAGGUUGUGUGUCUGCUACCAUAUGCCCAUGACUGUGAGCUGUCAGUCUCAGAACUUCACUGCUGUUCCAGCCGGUGUGCCCUAUGACUCCCAGCGGGUUUUCUUGCAGAACAACCGUAUCACUGAGCUCAGAGCCGACUCUUUUGGCUUCGAAACACAGGUCCUGUGGCUGUAUUCCAACAACAUCACUUGGAUCGAAGCAGGUGCAUUCAGUAAUCUGCGUGUACUAGAAGAACUAGAUUUGAGUGACAACCCAUCACUGCGCAGGCUGGACGGGGGUGCAUUUAGGGGGCUGGAGCGCUUGCAGAGUCUACACAUGCACCGCUGCCACUUAACCGAGCUGCCUGCUGACCUCUUCCACAAGCUCUACAGCUUGCAGUUUCUCUACCUGCAGGAGAACCAGCUGAGCCACCUUCCAGAUGGCCUCUUUUCUGAUCUGGUCAAUCUCACCCACCUAUUCCUGCAUGGCAAUCGUAUCCGUGUCCUGUCAGAAAAUGCCUUCCGUGGCCUGGUAAAUCUUGACCGCCUGUUGCUGCAUGACAACCGCAUCCGACAAGUCCAUCGGCGAGCUUUCCGUGACCUGGGCAGGUUGACCAUCCUCUAUCUCUUUAACAACUCUCUGCAGGAGCUUCCAGGCCAGGCAUUGAAGGAUACGUCGUCGGUGCAGUUUCUCAGGCUCAAUGGUAACCCCUGGACCUGCGGCUGUGAAGCCAGGUCACUAUGGGAGUGGUUCCGCAAAUCUCGGAUCUCCAGCUCAGACCUAACCUGCUCUACACCAGCCCCUCGUAAAGGCCAGGACCUGAGGUUUCUGCGAGAGCUGGACUUUGCCCUCUGCCCGUUGCCUGACCCAGGAUCCCUGGCUGGCACUACCACCACCACCUUCAGCACCAAGACCCGUUGGUGGUUUUCCAAGAACAAACCGGCAUCAUCAUCCAAGAGCCACUUUCACAAGAGCAGCGAAACCCAGAAGGCCUUUCCAUUCAACUCUGUCAAACAUCCCUCAUCUUCAUCAUCCUCUUUCUCAUCCAAGUACGAUCUCACUGCGGAGGAGGCUGCUUUACCCAAGCUAGAGCCUGAAGAGUACUGGGCAAACUAUGGCAAUGAGGAUGCAGCCUCAGUCCGCUGUUUCGAACUUGAAUGUCCACUGGGUUCCGACUCUCCCAUUCUCCCAUCUUCCUCUUCGUCUUCACUUCUGUCCUUCCUCUCGCUCACAGCACUUACUCUCUCUUUUCACCUUCUCUUCGGCUGAGUUUUCCUUCUCCUUCUUUUUUCUUCUGAUUUGCUUCACUAUCUUUCUCCUGCAAUUGGGCUCAUGCUAAUAAAUGCAUAGAAGCAGCCAUGCAGGAAAGGGUGACAAGACUGGCACACAACAACAAAUUAAACACAACACACACUGUGCAGUUCAUACAGUACAACAGAGACAUGACUACUGCAUGCAGGCAAUUCCAGCAGGCUCUGCAAUGCCACCUCAAAUCACGUCCUUCUCUAAAAUCAGGGAACAUAGGACAAAUAGAGGGGCAAAGAGAAAAUAAGGAAGUGAUGUGGAGAAUAAAACUAGAGGUCAAUGUCACAGAUGGCGGGGAAUGUCUCUUCGUGGAAAGGAAACUCUCAUUCUGACAAAGGAGAGUCAGUUAUCAAUGACCAUCACAUCAUUAUGUAAAUAGGAACAUACACGUACACAAACUAGACAAACGUUUCCAACAAGACACGGUCAGUAGAUUAGAAACUAGAAUGCUUUGUCUUUUUGGUGAUUGUUGGGUACUAAAUCAGAUACACUUGCAUUUGCUCCAAAAAGUAUUUAGGCAAUUGUGCUACAAUGUCCAAAUUUCAAGAAGAACAUUUCACAAAAAAAGUUUAUUAGAUUUAAAAUUAUACAACAAUAGAGAUAUUGUAUUAGGACACAUUCUGAUUGUCAAAGUGAAAUGUGCAUAGUUGAAGUGAUUAACUAAAAACUUUAUUUAUUUCAUAAUGCAAUUACAUUUUUCAGGAGUGAUUUAAAUGUCCAAAUAUUUUUUGGGGCUACUGCUAACUAUAUGAUGAACAGACAGCUAAUGGAAGAACUCAUUGACAAAGACCGUCGCUAAUGUUUUUCAUUUGUAAAAACUGUGUCAAGUACUUUGGUUUGUGUUAGUUAAUCUGAGUUGUGCCAGGUACUUUGAGUAUCAGGUGAAGUUAGGGCAGUAAAUCAAUGUUUAAUUCAACCUCUGAAACUGCUUAAGGUGAGAGAUCUGUGUUUCUCUGUAUGUAUAUAAAAUAUCACAGUCUUUCUCUUUUUGUCAUGUUGACAGAAGGAAAUGUUAAACACAAACUUUGUCUUUGUCUUAAAAAAAAAAUUAAUAAAAACACCAUGAAUAAAUA